ACAAAGAUCUGUACAAGGACUUCAUGAUGGAGGAUCACCGGCGCCUCACAUCACCAGGUAAGGAAGAGAGAACACCCGAGAGAUGUCCCAGUCCUCUUCUUCCACAGGAUAAUUCAGAAGAACAUCACUAUGUCCCACAGGAUAAUCAGCUUCUGAAUCCGGGUGAAGAUCUGAACAUUAUAUAUGUUACAGAGACCUAUAUGAGGGGUGAUGAGCAGAGUACAGAGGACAUUCCUACAGAUAACCGCCCAGAUGACUGUACCAGGAACUUAGAGAAACAUCCGGUAUCUUCACAUUUUGAAGUAGAUGAUUGUGGUAUCAUAAAAUAUAUAUAUGAAGAGCAUGCCAAUAUCCAAGAUAUAUCUUCAUCCAAUUACAGCAAAAAUGUAUUAUUUGAUCCUUUUAAACAGGUCCGAUCUUCUGAUUCAUCACAGACUGUAACACAGAAUAAAAGUCACAGAAAAGGUGCUAAACCUCAAACAGCUCACGUAAGAGAGAAGACAUAUUCAUGUUCAGAAUGUGGGAAAUGUUUUAAGCAUAAAUCAACUCUUAUUACACAUCAGAGAAUUCACACAGGGGAGAAGCCAUUUUCAUGCUCAGAAUGUGGGAAAUGUUUUAAGCAUAGAUCAACUCUUAUUACACAUCAGAGAAAUCACACAGGAGAGAAGCCAUAUUCAUGCUCAGAAUGUGGGAAAAGUUUUAACAAUAAAUCACAUCUUAUUAGACAUCAGAGAGUUCACACAGGGGAGAAGCCAUUUUCAUGCUCAGAAUGUCGGAAAUGUUUUAACCAAAAAUCAGUUCUUGUUAGACAUAAAAAAAAUCACAGAGAAGCAUCUCCAUGCUUAGUGCCCUCCCUUAUGUGUUUUUAUGGUAGUCAGUGUCGCUAACUGGCUUUAUUCCAUCAGACACUCAUUUUUACAGGCAGAUAAAACAGAACCUUGCUUUGAGUUACAAGAG